CCUAUCUGCUGCAUCCCAGGACCUGGGUGUGGUGCUCCUUGGGGGCUGAAGAUGACCUCAGCCAUUCCCUAUCUCAUCUGCAGAUGCUGCCGACAGUGUCAAGAUGCUGGGCGCCGAGCAUUCUCAACCGCCCUCUACAAUUGGUCUCCAGCCAGGGACAGCAAUUACUAUGAUUUGUUGGGGAUCAAACCAGAUGCCACGUUCGAGGAGAUCAAACAUGCCUUCUUCAGCAAAUCCAAGAAGCUCCACCCCGACAGCAACCCGGCCAACCCAGACCUGCACAGCCAGUUUGUGAAGCUGAACGAGGCCUACCGGGUGCUGAGCAAGAAGAGCAGCCGGCAACACUAUGACGACUUGAGAGCAGCGCAGGGCCCCCCUUGGCCUUCCUCAAGCAGCCAGCGGGGCAGUCCCCAGAGGAGCCACUUCGAUUACGGCAGCUUUGGCACAAGGCGCAAGCUGGAUCCUGACGAGAACAUCCGUUACUGGCAGCAGUUCCACGCGCCCCCUCCAGAGCACUUCUCGGGUCACGAGCUGAACCGACAGCAGCAACUUAACAGGAAGCUCUUCGGCUACUGUUUGCUCUUGAUGCUGGGCAGCCUGCUUGUCCACUAUGUGGCUUUCAGGCGGCUGGAGGAAGCUCACAACCACUUCAUGGACGAGAAGGACCGAACCAUCACUCAGAUAUACAAUGACAGCAAGGAGCGAGCCAGGUCCAACGGCUUCCAGAAGCAGCAGGAGCUGCUGCGACAGAUGCAAGCCGAAUACAGCCAGCGCUACAACACCCAGAAGAGACAACCCCCGCAAGCAGCAAGGACCUUGGACUCUGUCAAGGACCCAGCUUCUCCCUCAUCUACUGCCAAGUGAAGCCCGGGUCCUGGACUGGUGUCUCCCAACGGUUGCUGGAGAGUUUCUGAAGCCAAGUACAGAGGAAAGGAUAUGUGUGUGUGUCUGCGGGGGGUGGGGGGGCGGGGACUGUGGGCUGAGUGUCCCCCCCUCUGCUGUUCUUCUGUCUGUAAAAUAGAACCCUGUUCCACUGUGA